AGGCAGCGCUGGAACGAGCCAAGGAACUCGCAUACAUAGAUAGACCUGCCACCUGUAAUAUACUGGAUAAUAAUCUAUAUGCUUAAGGCAGCCUAGCCACUGAUGAAAGGGUUAUCGUGCAGACUGUUAGUUUCGGUGCAGAUCACCUGCUGCUGAUGAAGAUUUCGUGGCUGUGAGAAUUUUCAGAAUUAGAUUUUUUUUUUUUUUUUUUAAUGCUGUGUGUUGCUAUAAAAAGCAGGGUGACACUGACGCUGCUGUGUCCAUAGUAACCGACCCCUGCAUAGGAUGCAAACAAACCUUGGCUUAUUCUGCAAAGCUUUCAAUGCUGUGAAAACCGGAGCCAGAGAACUAAAACAUGACAAGAAUGCUAACUGUUUACUGUAUUGUAAAAAUGUCGGGACGGUAAAUAAAUAAGAUAGGGUCACUGCAGAGCGAGAAAAGACGCGUAUUAUUAAGACAACGGGUGUAUAUUAUUACACAUUUUUAAAUUAUAAUAAUAACAGUAUAGAUAAUACAUCAUUGUUAAGUUGCAGUCAGCAGUUGUAUUUUUUGUAUUGAUCGCAAUGAGGAAAAUAACCGGAUUUCUUUGUAUUUAUUUAUUUAAAUGAGCAGCUAGAAUUCCAGCGCGGUGGCUAUUUAACUAUUUAAAAACUAAUUAUUGUGAUGCAUAAUACGUAUCUAAUUAAUUCCCAAUUGAAGCUUGUUUAUUUGCAGCGUCACAGAUAGCCUUUAAAAAUGGACGAGUAGUAGUAGCCUUAACAGUAUUGCCCAUUUUCAAAUUAAAAAAAUAAGUAGGGAUUAACGAGGUUCUGCUGCAUUGAUUAAGAUUUGAGAGCCUGUGAGCAGUUGAUACUCGGAUGAGUGCUUUUACCACUCGCUCUUUACUUAAUUUCCUAAUUUAAUAUACGACAGUGAAACAUGCUGCCAGGCUCAAUUCAGAUCACAGGUGAAGCCCUUUCUGGAGGUGAGAUUAAAGAUAUCUGCGACAGCUUGAAGGAAAACAGCGUGCGGCUCCUGUCGGUGCGGGCUUGCCAGCUUUCGGACCGAGAUUUCGGGCGGGUGUGCGGCGGUGUCGCCCAGUGCCACGCGCUGGCUCAACUGAACCUCAAUCUGGGGGUGGUGUCCAACAUCUGCAGGGUCAAACAGCUCGCCGAGGCGCUGACCACCAACAGAUCGGUCCAGACUUUAUUUCUCCAUGGAAGCCCCCUGACUGACGCGGGGCUCACCUGUCUGAACCCAGCGCUGUCCACUCACCCCUCCCUCGUCUCGCUCGACCUCGGGGACUGCAUGCUGGGGGACGAAGGGCUCCAGCUCAUCUGUGGGAUGCUACCACCAGAUGGAGCCAAAUCAGGACUAAAGGAGUUGACCCUGAGCGCAAACCCUGCCGUCACUUCCAAAGGCUGGGCCCGGCUGGCCAUUGCUGUAGCCCACAGCUCCCAGCUGCGGGUUUUAAACCUGGACUACAACCCCUUAGGAGACAAGAUAGCCGGGAUGCUGGCUGUUGCCGUGGCGUCGAGCCGGACACUGGAGGUUUUAGAUCUUGAAGGAACAGGCCUCACCAACCAGUCUGCACAGAUCUUCCUGGACAUGGUGGAGAACUACCCGACGUGCCUGCGGAUGCUGAUCCUGGCUGAGAACAACAUCAGCACGGAGCUGCAGCAGCAGAUCUCAGACCUUCUGUCCGAGGGGGAGGAGGAGGAGGAAAAGGAGGGGGAGGCGCUGGGGGGCGCCGGGAGUAGGGAGAGGGAGAGGGAGAGGGAGAAGACCAUCUGGGUCGCCCAAAACAAUUCAAGUUCACACAUGGUCUUGGUGACGUCAGGACUCGGAGACAGCCUAUUGGCCGAAACGGAGAUGUGACCCAGGAAUCCUCUCUCCCUACUGCACCGUAGCCUGUCGCAUGAUGCGGUCAGCUGAUAGCGAACAACCAAUCACUUUGCAUGGUCUUUUAGCACUUG